UCUGGCCCAGUACUUCCAAGGUAUUAGAGGCUCCGCAUAGUGAUCAUUUAAUUGUUUGUUUUUAAUUUUUUAACAAGUGAUACAAAUUUUACUCGGACAUUUCCAUCACAUCUGUUGGCUUCAUUGCUAAUUUUCUUUUAUUCUAUGAUGUUGGUAUCAUGAAAAACUAUGGGAAUGCUGACAUACAUGUGGAGAGACAACUUAUGCCCCGUGUUCUUGCUGGUACCAAUGGCCCCACUGAUUGGAAUGAAGCUUUGGAUAUUAUUUCUUUUGGUUCUCCUGAGCUGUCUGUUGAAGGAAUGAAAGUCGUGUGUCAUGAGCUGACACAAGCCACUAAUGAUCUAGAAGGCAGUGCAAUGGAUGAACUUAUUAAAGAUGCAGACAGACUUGUUUCAUGCCUUGCAAACAAGGUUGCCAAGACCUUUGAUUUCAGCUUGACAGGAGCAUCAUCUAGAUCUUGUAAAUAUGUUCUCAACACCCUCAUGCUGACAUUUCAAAACAAGAGACUGGCUUAUGCUGUCAAGGAAAGCAUUCUUGAUAGUCUAAUUACUGAGCUCCUUCUAUGGCUGUUGGAUGAGAGAGUUCCACAUAUGGAUGAUGGCAGCCAGCUUUUAAAAGCUUUGAAUGUUCUGAUGCUAAAGAUUCUGGUUAAUACUUGCCAUUUCAUUUGUAUCUGCAUCCUUCAAAGCAUCCAUUUGUAUCUGCAAGACUUGGGGAUGGAAGAAAUUAGAAGACGUGCUGGUGCUGAUGACAAGCCAUUGCGCAUGGUGAAAACUGUUCUAUGUGAACUAGUGAAGCUUCGAGGAGCUGCUGUUAAAGGUCACCUUUCACUCAGCUUGGUUAUAUUUGUACUUUGUUUGUUUUUUUCUUUAUUGCUUACUCUUUCUUUGGUAAAAACUCUAGGCACUGUUGCUUUCAAAAUUUGUUCCUCUGACUUCAGUCCUAUAAAAUUAUACAGAAUUCAUUUGUGUGCUUCUUCAUUUUCAUAUUCACUACGAAAAGAAGGUUUUAUUUGCAUCCAAUAG